UCUGAUUGUGAAUGAGCUGCAUGCACAUCUCGUCUACCUGCGUUAUAUUUAAUGGGUUACCAGAUAACUUGAACAAAUGAACUUGAAAUUAUGAAAUACAAACCAUGCAAAAGCUAAUGUAAUUAUUGAGUUGUACACAUCAAUGAGUUGUUCGAUUACAAGCGUGACAAUCAUGUAAAUAUGCAGCGGUUCCUUUUAUUCAUUCAGUGCAUAUCCAGACUGAAUCUCUCUCUCUCUCUCUCUCUCUCUCUCUCUCUCAAAAUAGCCAUGCACAGUUCCCUCGCACUCAGAGAGUUCAGACAGCCGCCGUGCGCAAACACCGGAUUCGCUCCUCGGUCAUGCGACGCGCCUCGGUACCGGAGCCGGCGCGAGCGCACGCACCCGAUGACCCAGCAUGCGCGCCCGAACCGAGCCUCGGGGGACGCUGGCGCGCGCGCUGACCGGCUGCCUGCUGUGCGCGCUGAUCCUCUGGACGCUGCUCGGGAACGCUCUGGUGUGCGCCGCCGUGCUGCGCUUCCGCCACCUGCGCGCCAAAGUCACGCACGUCUUCAUCGCGUCGCUGGCCGUGUCGGACCUGCUGGUGGCCGUGCUCGUGAUGCCGUGGAAGGCGGCGGCGGAGGUGGCCGGCUUCUGGCCGUUCGGCGCGUUCUGCGACGUCUGGGUGGCGUUUGACAUCAUGUGCUCCACCGCGUCCAUCCUGAACCUGUGCGUGAUCAGCGUGGACCGCUACUGGGCCAUCAGCAGCCCGUUCCGCUACGAGCGCAAGAUGACGCCGCGCGUCGCUUUCGUGAUGAUCGGCGCGGCGUGGACGCUGUCCGUGCUCGUCUCGUUCAUCCCGGUGCAGCUGGACUGGCACAAAGCCGACGCGGGCGCCGCGGAGCCCAACGCGUCCGACGUGGACAGCUGCGACUCGAGCCUGAGCCGCGAGUACGCCAUCUCCUCGUCCCUCAUCAGCUUCUACAUUCCCGUGGCGAUCAUGAUCGUCACUUACACGCGCAUCUACCGGAUCGCGCAGGUCCAGAUCCGGAGGAUCGCGUCGCUGGAGCGCGCGGCGGAGCACGCGCAGAGCCGCCGGUCCGACCGGAGCCUCCACCGAAGCCUCAAGACGUCGUUCCAGCGCGAGACCAAAGUCCUGAAGACGCUGUCAGUGAUCAUGGGCGUGUUCGUGUGCUGCUGGCUGCCGUUCUUCGUGCUCAACUGCGUGGUUCCGUUCUGCCGCCGCGAGCCGUGCGUCAGCGACACCACCUUCGACGUGUUCGUGUGGUUCGGCUGGAGCAACUCGUCGCUCAACCCCGUCAUCUACGCCUUCAACGCCGAGUUCCGCAGGGGCUUCUCCAGCCUGCUGCGCUGCCGCUGCCGGACUCCGGUGGAGACGGCGAACGUCAGCAACGAGCUCGUGUCCUACAACCGGGAGGCGGCGAGCGCGUGCGUCAACAUCAUCCCGAACGUGGUGGACGAGACGCUCGACCGGAUCUCGCAGCUGUCGCGGGGCGGCGACGACGAUGACGACGACGACGACGACCUGGACGGUGCGUUCACGCCGAACGGCAUCCGCUGAGCGCGAGCGUUAACGAAAAGUUGCGCUGUUGUUGUCACAUGACCGCGCUGCCGUUUGACCGGGCGGUCAUCUGACACACUGUGCACUGGGACCCUUCAGUGGCCUUCAUCUUCCUCAUCUUCCUCAUCCUCAGUGUCCGUGACUCACACCUGCUGGAGAGAUGCGACGCCUUACUCCGAGUGCAAUAUUCCUCAGGAGCCGGACUCCUCCAGCUCAACUCUGUUCUAAUGCACUUAUUUACUGCUUCAUCGAGCUGUGAUGUCGUGGUCUGAUGAACCAUGCUCUGGUGAUUCUGGAGGUCCAGCGCUGUUUGAUGGUGAAUGUCUUCAUUGUGUUUCAUUACUGUAACCUUUAUUGUUUACAAAAGCGAAGCCUGCAGAUUCAUUGUAAUGAAACGCCUCCGGAGCUGUAAACUGUGAACAGAG